CAGCGUUCAACCUCGGUUCAGGACUGUAAAGUGACUUUCAGAAACGGGUUCAACCUAGAGUCCAAUGAAAUAAGAAAUAGAAUGUUCAGCAGAAGACGCAUCCCCGAGCAGAUUCCGACGGUUUUGUCGAGAAAAGUACAGACUGUCAUGGAGUGUCUCGACGCUUGCUUAAGAUCUGACCGAUGCGUUUCAUUUGAUGUUGAGGCAAAGCCACUGCAGUUGAAAGUCUGUAGAAUAUUUGGAGAGGUAGAGAGCAUGCUGCCUUUGGUUGAAGGGGGAAAUUCAAUUCAUGUUAACCUGAGUUCUAAAUUACUACGACAGGUAAGCCAGACUAAAGAUUAAUCAAUCUCUGUCGAGUUUGUAUUUUCAUUUUUGUUUUCUAUUAUAGAAUUUUAUGAUUCGUCCCCGUUCAAAACUGCAGUAAAGGUGCUUAUAUCUUUUAUAUAGAUUAUUAUUCUAUCAUCCAUCAAAAUAUCUCAAAAACGAUUAUUUUUAAGAGUAAAACAGAAAGCUAUUAUUUACUUUUUUUUUUCUUCUGAUGUUUAGUCCUUAGAUUUUAUUUUAUCUGCAGACUAAUAAAUUAAAAGUUAGGCGCAGUCUACAACAUUAUCUCAAACAUUGUAUAUCCACAGACUCAAAACUUACAACCUCCUAACACAGCAAAAUUAUCAGUAUCACAAGAUCAGUAAUUCUCAGUAGCUUUUAUUUGAACGGCGACCUCUCCACAACGGCCACUUUCUUCUAGGAGAGCUUUUAAUCUUCUUAACAAGAUGAGGUACCUUUUAUGGGUGAUGGGGCUGCUGGCGGCCUGUGACGUCAGCGACAAUGGUCGCCAUCUUGGAUUUUACCAAGAAUUAGAAAUCAGGUUAAAACCGCGAGAAAAAUGGUAAUUUUGUGCUUUGCAUGAAAAAUAACACUUAAAUAAGCACUUUGCAUAACUUUUGCCACAAUAUUCACUUUUAUUAUGGAAACAAGUUGAAAAAACAUGUGGCCUUACCACCUGCUUGUGACGUUAUAACUCGUAACCAUAGCAACUGGCCAUCACUGGACUUUUCUCAAAAUGUGCGCUAGGGAUGAACGAACAGCGACUAAAAAAGGUCAGGUGCUGAUGUUUUAUCCUCUAGAAAGAAACUCAGAAAAACCUUAUGGGGGGGGGGUUGCAUUGGCAUACUAGCAGUAACUACAAAUAACUACUACUACCAGUAACUACCACCAACUACGAGUAACUACCAGUAACUACCGACAACUAUCAGUAGCUACUUAAACUCAAGAAUAAUCCUUUUUCGUUGUAGAAAGUGGUUCUUCUUACCUAAUCAACUACUUCCAGUGUAAUGCGGGUCGAGCGAAUGGACGUCUAUUUCUUCUAACCCUCAAAAUAGAUACAUAAAUGAUGGCUAUAAAAUCACAACGAGCUUUUUACGAGCCUUUUCUUCCCCAGGCUGCCAGUUAAUGUACGUGUUUCUCACGAUUUUUGUUAUUUGUUAACCGAACUGGUUGAUGGACUACGAUGAAAGUAGGAAAAAUUCCGGGUGAUUUUGUUUUAGUUAAAAGUACAAAAUGUGACGUCACACUGGCUGACGCCACAAAAAUGGGGGAAUUUUUUUUUUUUUUUUUACAUUUGCGUGAAACUUACAUCUAAAAGAGCAUCAGAAGAGGAGAAAUACAACGAAAACCGCUUUUCGAUAAGACACGCGAGUUAUGGGGCUUCAAAAAUAUUUUAGCGCCCCCCCUCCGAUCCAUAGUUUUUCUUAAAAAAACGAUUGCUAUGAUAUAUUUUUUUUCACCGUCUUUUACAAAAUAAGGUAAUUUUUUGGUACCAAAAGCCUCUCAUUGUGGGCUAAAAUCGUCUGAUUUUAGAUUUUAAUUUUUUUUUAUUUAAUAACGCUAAUUUAAGCAGUACAAAAAAAUCAUCAUGUGACAUUUUCUGACAUCACAAAUUUGUUUCCCAGGAUUCUGCGUAGUCGGAAAUUUAUGUUUUUAGUGUUUUUUUUUCUUUUAGCUUUCGACAGUCCAGAUUUCUUAUAUGUAACUUAGAAUUAGAUAACAAGGGCAAUUAAAUUAAACAAGGCAAACACUCCCGAAGGGGUAGCUCCAGUUUUUGAUCUACACAUUCAUCCAAAUUCAAACUGCGAUAUCUCAGCUAAACUAUGAGAGAUUGCAAAAAUUUUUUCAGCUUUCAACUUCCUUUUAUGAGAUCUUUCAGAAAAAAACAAACAAUUUGGGAGAUUCCAAAUUUAAAAUUUACGUAAGAAUGACGUCAGCAAACAUGACGACAUGACUGAAUAUUUUAAAACAUGCUAGCAACUAAUUUGAUUGGCCUUACGUUUUGCAUUUUCAGGCCAACUUUCGUGAGAAAAGCUAAAAAGCCGAAAAGUUAUUGUAAAAUAACAAAACUACCCACGUAUUGAUGCAACAUUUAAAAGAAUUAAAAAAAAAAAGUUAUUGGUUUGAAGAAAUUGAGCAGCAAGUGAUCGUAAUAGAUAUAAAGGCAUUAAUUUAAAGAUGUAUCUUUCAUUAUGUGGCACUGUCAGUACAAGGUUGUCAUACAGAUUCCGGAAACAAAAUCAGCGAGAUUUAAAUAGCGAAGAAAUAGUAACUAUAUAUAGUGAAAACGACUGACUUUUUGCUAUUUUAAGAUCUUUAUUUUUUUUCCCAAGGUCCUAGGUUAUAUUCUUUUCUGUAAAUAGAAGAAAUUAUUAAAUAACCGACAAUCUUAACUAACAGCUCGAAGUCUGAAUUGCGUAGGAGUUUAAGGAACAGACGGUGAGAUGAUAUUUCUAUUCAAAACAAUAUUUUAACUUCGUCUUAAUUGGGAUUAAAAAGCUUCUUUCUUGAAUCGUCUUAGCACGAGCGCAUAUUUAACUUUACCGAUAAAUUUUUAUUUUUAUUUCAUAGCCUUACUCUCCCGGUUUUUUUUUACUGAAUAGCCUAACUGUGUUUUUUUCACUCGCGCCCACCUCAAAAUUCUGAUAUCAUAAUUAUGUUAUUAAUCCUAGACAAAUAAAUAGAGGAUAUUACAUGGCCGCGCGGAGAUACGAAAUUUCUCUUCGACUGUUGAAAAAUAUGAAUUUUUUUUUUCAACACGACAAGAGAAAUUUCGUAUCUCCAAGCGGCCAUGUAAUGUUCUAUUUAUUAUAUAAACACAAAUGAACUAUACCAAACCAUUUCACUUUAAUAGUUUUUUGGUGUGAAAGGAGCGAUUUAUUAUGAAGCCAAAGCAACGUUGACAAGUUUUUGCGCGAAAGCUCGCCUAGUAUUUCAUUGGCUAUUACCUAUACUAAUUCGUUUUUCUGACUCAUUACUUCAUGGCGUCAAUUAUGGUUCUAUUGCACUAAGGCAAAAUCGAUUCUCAUUUUGAACCCCGAUAUCAAUCCUUUUUUAAGAACCCGGUAUAUAAAACUUUUAUUUUAAUUUCUCAAUCAGCAGAACUUUGGCUUUGAGAAACUUGAGAUCAAAUUAUCAAGUCGAAUUAGGGCCUUAGUAUCAUUAACACGUACAUUUGUUAAACAAACUGACGUUUCUGAUUCACUUGAAACUGGUUUCAUUUGCAUAGCAUAGUGAAUAAAAUAUUUUCCUAUUUAAACACGCUAUUUACAGACAAUCUUGUGUUUAUCAGGUGAUCAACCAGUUUCCUUUGCAAAACCGUUUUAAUGGCCAUGGAAUACUUCAAACUCGCUUUCUAUUCAAUUCUUUGUAUUUCUGCUUUGUUUUGGCAAGUGCAUCUCGCCUGUGAUGGCGACGAAUUCCAAAAAUUUCAAGAAAGAGUACAGAUGCGAACUUUCAGUGGAAGUAGGAUGCAUUUAGCCCCAAACGCUUUUGACCACGAACAAAUUUUCAGUGUACUGCAGUGUUUGGAUAUUUGUCUUAGAACUACACAUUGCUUCUCUGUUGAUAUCAAUUUGGAUCAUCCUAGGAAAAUAUGCAGGAUAAAUCCUCUUUUCGAAACACGAAAGCAUUUUCUUGUGAAGGAUGAAAAUUGGAAGCACGUAAAUAUAAGUGCAAAACAUUUAAGAAAGGUAUGUCCAUUUUCUUUAAUUGUCAUUUCAGUGCAGUGCAUUUCACUUCGUUUUCAAAAAAAUGGCAUUUUUCAAAUUCUGUUUCCAAAGACAUUUCUACAUGGUUAUAGCUGAAAAAAAAAAACACUGGGAUAUAUAAACCAUCAAAACAAUAACGGAAAAUGAAAAUACUGAUGUUUCAUAAAUACUACAUCGCCUAUUUACUUUGUUUAAAAGCAUAUCUACGAAUUUGCUAUAUUUUACGGACGAAAUCAGGUGUUAAAAGGUUAACAAGAAGCAUUAAGAAACGGCUUUAAUCGGCUUUAGAAAAAAUUCAGCGCACUGAUCUGGACACUCAUUCAAUCUUUAUUUUUAUUAUCAUUAUUACUUUUUUUUUUGUUAAGAACUAAAAUUAUUCGAUUUAUUUACGAUGUUGUCAGACUUUGGCACCCAUAGAACGUAAACUUUUCCUGAUGAUAUCCUCUCUUGAGUUAUUAGAUGAAGAUAACAAAGCUGUCAAUACGACAUAAAAACGAUAUUAAACGUAGAAAUGUAAUUCAAAACUUUUGAUUCAAUGUCUGCGGUAAUGAUCUCUGUUUCUCGUUACAUUGGCCACUUCCAAUUUAGUACUAAAUUUUAGUAUUUUCUUUGAGCUGAUUUUUGCUAAAUUCAAGUUCAAAUAUUUGUUUAAUAGGAGUUAUUUUCGUGAAUUAAACGAUAAUAAUCAGCUAUCACAAGGGACAAUUGAACUUAACGGCUAUAGAAAACGUCCUGGAUAACUAAAUUUGAGGCUAAUGCCAGAUUUUGCAAAUCAUCAAUAGUAACUUAAGUGAAGAUAUCAUUAUCAAACUAAAAUAUUAUUGUCUUAUUUGUUUAUCGACAGAUGCUGAGGUCAGCAACCAACGAUUGUAACGGUAUGGAAAGAGGUAGGAUGUUGUUUAUAUAAUUACGUUUUUCAAAUCUUAAUCUCAAGCAUAUACCCGUUAAAGCAAGGCUCAGAAACGAGAAAAAGUUGGAAAGUAUCGUUUGUAUAAUACCAAACAGGCAGAAAUACAGAAUUAUUAGUCUCAGAUACAAUUAUUAAUCUCAUGAUCAGAUACAAGCCAUUCUUAUCCCCAGUACUUCAUUCAUUGCAAUGAUAAUAUAUAAUCAGGAGCCACAAUUGGGUUAGGAGAACGCAAGCUUGGGGUCCACGCAGUUCCAUCGAAAUAGCCAAAGGUGCUAUUUUUAGAACAAAAUGCGCCACCCUCGACGUCACAGACUCGCGCGGGAACCCGCUCCUGAUGAUCGAAAAACCAUGACGAUAACUUUCCAAAGAUAAAUGUUGCAAGAAGUUUUAGCAAUUUUUCUUGUUUCAGACGGCAAAACCAAUCAGCCGAUACUGUCGACUCAAGCUAACCUGGAUUCUUACUGCGCCACGGAGGCCCCGAAUUUGGGCGGGUGUAAACACAAAAAAGCACAUAAUGGAAGCUGCUCUGGAAAGUGGACGGCUAAAAUUAUCAAGACGAGAUGGUGCUGCGUUGACCUAACACAUCCGAGUCAGAACUGUUGUUGCGAAAUCCCAAUUUAG